AUGGCUCUCCACAUUCCUAAAGCCCCAGGUUUCAUGUCAAUGCUGAAAGAAGGUGCUAGGUACUUCGAAGGUUUAGAAGAAGCGGUGUAUCGUAACAUCGAAGCGUGUUUGGCGCUCACGAAAUCAAUACGGUCUACUUAUGGACCUUCAGGACAGAACAAAAUUGUCAUAAAUCACAUUGGUCGCCUGUUUGUAACGAAUGAUGCGGCUACAAUCCUGAAGGAACUUGAAGUCGCCCAUCCAGCUGCAAAAAUACUCGUUAUGGCAUCUCAACAACAAGAACAAGAGGCUGGUGAUGGUACAAAUAUUGUUUUUCAGCUUGCUGGUGCUCUGUUGGAACAAGCUAGGGAUCUUUUACGAAUGGGCCUCUCAGUGGCACAGGUAACCAGUGGCUAUGAAAUGGGAUGUAAAAAGGCCUUGGAAAUACUUAAUGAGCUUGUGGUUGAGAAUCUGAAUGACUUGAGAAGUUUCAAAGACGUACGACGUGUGAUUAAAUCUGUUGUGAUGAGUAAACAAGUUGACCUAGCUGAUUUCCUCUCCGAUCUAAUAACAAACGCAUGCAUUGAAACUUUGCCACAGAAGUCACAUUUCAACGUUGAUAAUAUUCGAAUUUUAAAAAUAUUGGGUUCUGGUGUUGGUCAUUCAAAGAUGAUAAAAGGUAUGGUGUUUCGUCGAGAAACCGAAGGGGAAAUUAAGGAAGUCCGUGAUGGCAAAGUUGCUAUUUUCUCCUGCCCCGUUGAUGCACUUCAAACAGAAACCAAGGGUACAGUCCUACUUACGUCUGCAGACGAACUUACUCAGUUCAGUAAAGGUGAAGAGAAUUCGAUGGAAAAGCACAUGCGUUCUCUUUCGGAUGCGGGUGUGAAAGUUAUUGUCAGUGGAGGGAAAGUGGGAGAACUGGCAUUACAUUACGCUAACAAGUUGGGCAUGAUGGUGGUAAAGUUGAGCAGCAAGUUUGACGUCCGACGUCUCUGCCGAGCAACUGGAGCUUCGGCUCUCCCACAGUUGGCUACUCCCACACCUGAGGAGUUGGGCCACGUUAAUCAUGUGUAUACGGAAGAAAUAGCAGACGCCAGUGUAGUUAUAUUUGAACAAGAUAAACAUGAAGGAACUAUAGUCACUUUGGUAAUUCGUGGGAGCACAGAAAAUAUCAUGGAUGAUGUGGAGCGUGCUAUUGAUGACGGUAUCAAUACAUUCAAGUGCCUCACACGUUGUCCAAAAUUAGUUGCAGGCGCUGGAGCCGUGGAGAUAGAGUUAGCUCGCCGCCUAGCGUCAUACGCCGAUACUGUGCCUGGUCUGGAACAAUAUGCAAUCAGAGAAUUCGCACGCGCUUUUGAAGUUACCAUCAAAGUACUGGCUGAAAAUGCCGGCAAAAAGGUUACUGAAGUGGUCGCCAUCCUGUAUGCAAAACACGAAGCUGGGCAAAUUCAUACCGGUUUAGUUACUCAACCAAACGGUGAAGUUUCCGUCAGUGAUGCUGCUAAAUCGGAAGUUUUGGAUAUUCAUCUUUUGAAACACUGGGCUAUACGUUUUGCUACAAAUGCCGCUAUUACCAUAUUACGAGUGGAUCAAAUUAUCAUGGCACGUCCAGCUGGUGGACCUAAACCUCGUCAACCUGCAGCCGCAGAUGAAGACUGA